AUGAGCAACGAAAAUGAAAAAAAAGUGUCUGCUAAGAUUGAUGACGGUCAGUUGAGAAAUUGGGCGCCCAAGCUCCACCGGAAAAGGACGUGGCACCGUGCCCCAUCGCAACAACAAAAAAAAUUGUUAUGCACUACUUCUAUGCACCGAAGACUUAAAGUUAUGUCCGCGAACAUUUUACAACGGCUCGUCGUCGAUUCAAAAAUUGCGCCUGAUUGA